UUUCCGUCUGUAUCUCAUCAACAGAAACUGAGUAAAAGAUAUCAAGGUAUUAUGAAUAGUGCUCUCAUAGAUUUUAUGCAGAAAACCUUACAAUUAGAAGCGAGAGAUAGAAUAAUAAUUGAUGACUGUUUACAACAUCCCGCUUUUCAAACGGAGAAAGUAUUAUUUCAAAAACCACGAGUACCUGUUCGACAACCCUCGCCCAAUAAAAAACGUAGAAAUGAAUAUUCUACUAAUAUUGAAAGUGAAAACAUGAAAAACAAUUCAGUUAUUUUAGAGAAAGCAAAGGAACUGCCAGAGAAAAUGGAAGCUGUAGAUGAAGGAGAUGUAGUGGGAGGUGUACAGAUCAGCCAAAUUCAUAGCAAAUACAUCAAACAGACUAAACCCCCUGUAAAUAAUGACAAUACUGUGAUAGACUCUGACCAAGUCAUAGGUCAAGGUCAAUUGAAACCUCCUUCGAUGAAGAGUUUGAAAUCGUAUAGUUUAGAUGAUAAGGAUUAUGCUCCCAUGGAAGUCGAGGAAAAACCACCUGCUAAAUAUGAGACCAAAAAGACUAAUGGAACUGAAGGACGCCAUCAAAGCACAUUUUCCGAUUUUCGUAAUAUGAAUAUUUUGGAUAAAGGAAAAGUAGAUAACGAUCCUGAUUAUGCAUCAAAGGGGGAUAAUUCUUGUGAUAUUAGUGCUGAUGUUCGCGGGGAGGAAAUGGACUGGUCGCGCAGUGAAUCAAAAUAUAUUAAAAAGAAAGACAGUUACCAUGACAAUGCUGAUGAAAGGGGGGAAGUAAAUAACCAUGGGUCACGUGAUAUGAAAACAACGAAUAGUUCACAAGGUGGAAAUCGUAGUCAGACUUAUACCGUCAGUGUUCAAGCUCCAAACUCAACAGCCAGUCAAAAUAAAGAAAGUAAAAAAGCAACCACUAGUCCUAGAGCUGAGAGAAAAAAGUUUUUAGAUACAGCGACUCAGAAUGAAUUAAGAAGAAUAAAAUCCAGUACAAUUCGAAAGAAAAAACAACCUGAUAAUUCUCAAAGCUAUUAUAACUCAGACAAACUCACAGAAUCUAAGGGCGGAGACAUUCCAAGUUAUUUACUCAAUAAUAAAAAUACUAGAGAAUCCACAAUGUCUAAUAUAUAUAAUAAUAAUACUAGUAGAAAAAUCAGGAACCAACUUUAUAAUGAAUCUCCAUAUUCUUCUCCCUCACCGACCUCCUCCUCAUCAUUACAAGAUUUUACUUAUCAACGUGAAUUAACAAGAGACAACAGACAAGUUGCUAUUCAGUCUAGAUCAUUUGCCAAGAUGGCUGCCCAGUCUCCUUAUCAAUCUAAUAAUGAUUCAACUUCAUCACAUCUUCAUUUCUCAGCUUGGAGAGCUGAUCCAUCUUCAACAGAAAAACAAAAUUCUCUUGGUUUCGGUUUCAGAAAAAAGAAAAGAUCGAAAUUUCUACAGAUGGAUAACGAUGGCCGGAACUCUCCAUCUGUCCCUCAUAACAAUCCUCCAUCUCGACUCUCACGUCUGGGAGAUAGAAUAGAUGAUACAGAAGGGGAGACAACUAGCUAUACCUCACCUCGAGAUACCACAGUUAAAGACUCUAGUUAUAGUAAAACACUCAAAUAUAAUUCAUUACGAAAAAACGUCAAAACUCCUG